UUUGCAUUGGUGUGCAAGGAGAAGCCUGCAGAUUCGGAAAUGGGAGUCUGGAGGUUCCGGUCCUCUUUCACACCCUUCAUCAUCAUCAUCAUCUCGUUUCACUCCUCCCCUGAAAACUGUUCUCACCUUCUCCUCGGCAAAGCUGCAGUCUCUAGAAACCAGAGACGCGGGAAAGAAUGAAAAUCUGCGCUCAGCGCUUGUUUCCUCUUUGGCUCCUAAACGGAGAGAUAAUCCAGCUGCUUGACCUUCUAAGGGUUAAAAUGAGACGAGCUUGAUUCCUAGAGAGGAAAACAAUUGAGAGGGAAGGUCCUCCAGAGCAAGAACACUUCCCUGCCUGGUUCUCAGUGGAGGAAAAGUGGCAUCUGCCUCCAUCAAGGUCUGCAUCAGGGCCCCUUCUGGGAUCUGGGCUUGGGAGCUCCUCCAGUCAGGGCAGCCUUUGCCUUGAGACAAAAAGUUGAGGGAGGUCUUGGGACUUCCUCUGAGCACAAAUCAAAGAUGGACAAGCAAGACUCAGCUAGCCGUGGAGAAGGAAGAGGCCCUGAUGCCUUCAGCAAGGAGAGCACUGGAGAAUUCUGGGGAAGAACUGUGCUUCUUCCCCAGCUUCCUCAGCUUCCUGAGCUGAGGGAGGGCACCCUCAGCUCAGAUGUACACCGUCAGCAUUUCAGGUAUUUCUGCUACCAAGAGGCUGAGGGCCCCCGAGAGGCUUUCGGCAGACUCCACCAUCUCUGCCAUCGGUGGCUGAAGCCAGAGCAAUACACGAAAAAUCAGAUCCUGGACCUGGUAAUCCUGGAGCAGUUCCUGGCUGUCCUUCCCCCGGAGAUGGCGAGCUGGGUGAGGGAAUGUGGAGCGGAGACCAGUUCCCAGGCAGUGGCCCUGGCCGAAGGUUUCCUCCUGAGCCAGGCAGUGGAGAAGAAUCAGGAAGAGCAGCAGGGUCUGUUUGCAGAAGCGGUCACUAAUUUCCCUGAGGCAAAGAAGGCUUCAUCAGAACCCAGAGAGAGUGCACUGCAAAGGUGGACUGUGCAGGAGACUGAUGGAGGUGCCACCUUACUUGGCGAUGGAAUGAUACCGUCAAGACCUACUCAGCCAUCUUUUCCUUGCAAUGGAGGAGAAGCAGCCGCCGUGGCACCGCAUCAGGGUCUAGUGUCCUUUGAGGAUGUGGCUGUGUAUUUCAUGGAAGAUGAAUGGGUUCUGCUGGAUCCUGCCCAGAGAGCUCUGCAUAAGGAAGUCAUGGAGGAGAACUGUGAGAUUGUCGCCUCUCUCUCAUGUGGAAAGGACUUUCGUCAUAGUUCUAGCCUUACUACCCAUCAAAGGAACCAUAUACGAGAGAGACCAUAUAAAUGCUUGGAGUGCGGAAAGAGUUUCGCUCACAAGUGGGUUCUCACUAAUCAUCAAAGAAUGCACACAGGGGAGAAACCAUAUAAAUGCCUGGAGUGUGGAAAGAGCUUCACCCGAAAGGUGAAUCUCACUCCUCAUCAAAGAAUUCACACAGGGGAGAAACCAUAUAAAUGCUUGGAAUGCGGAAAGACCUUUGGACAGAAGAGAUAUCUGACUUUUCAUCAAAGCAGCCACACAGAGGAGAAACCAUUUCAGUGCUUGCAGUGUGGAAAGACCUUCAAACAUAAUGUGACUCUUACCAAGCAUCAAAAAAUUCACACAGGGGGGACAGCAUAUCAAUGCUUGGAGUGUGGAAAGAGUUUCACUCAGAAGAGUCAUCUCACUUCUCACCAAACUAUUCACACAGGGGAGAAACCAUAUAAAUGCUCUGAGUGUGGAAAGUGCUUCCGUCUGAACAGAUAUCUCACUUAUCAUCAAAGAAUUCACACAGGAGAGAAACCAUAUCACUGUUUGGAUUGUGGAAAGAACUUCAGUGACAAGAAAACUUUAACUUCCCACCAAAAACGAAACCAUGUCAGAUUCCUAGAGAGGAAAGCAAUUGAGAGGGAAGGUCCUGCAGAGCAAGAACACCUCCUUCCUGCCUGGUUCUUCCCUUGGAGGAAAAGUGGCAUCUGCCUCCAUCAAGGUCUGCAUCAGGGCCCCUUCUGGGAUCUGGGCUUGGGAGCUCCUCCAGUCAGGGCAGCCUUUGCCUUGAGACAAAAAGUUGAGGGAGGUCUUGGGACUUCCUCUGAGCACAAAUCAAAGAUGGACAAGCAAGACUCAGCUAGCCGUGGAGAAGGAAGAGGCCCUGAUGCCUUCAGCAAGGAGAGCACUGGAGAAUUCUGGGGAAGAACUGUGCAGAAGAUCCUGAGUGAGGAGGGCACCCUCAGCUCAGAUGUACACCGUCAGCAUUUCAGGUAUUUCUGCUACCAAGAGGCUGAGGGCCCCCGAGAGGCUUUCGGCAGACUCCACCAUCUCUGCCAUCGGUGGCUGAAGCCAGAGCAAUACACGAAAAAUCAGAUCCUGGACCUGGUAAUCCUGGAGCAGUUCCUGGCUGUCCUUCCCCCGGAGAUGGCGAGCUGGGUGAGGGAAUGUGGAGCGGAGACCAGUUCCCAGGCAGUGGCCCUGGCCGAAGGUUUCCUCCUGAGCCAGGCAGUGGAGAAGAAUCAGGAAGAGCAGCAGGGUCUGUUUGCAGAAGCGGUCACUAAUUUCCCUGAGGCAAAGAAGGCUUCAUCAGAACACAGAGAGAGUGCACUGCAAAGGUGGACUGUGCAGGAGACUGAUGGAGGUGCCACCUUACUUGGCGAUGGAAUGAUACCGUCAAGACCUACUCAGCCAUCUUUUCCUUGCAAUGGAGGAGAAGCAGCCGCCGUGGCACCGCAUCAGGGUCUAGUGUCCUUUGAGGAUGUGGCUGUGUAUUUCAUGGAAGAUGAAUGGGUUCUGCUGGAUCCUGACCAGAGAGCUCUGCAUAAGGAAGUCAUGGAGGAGAACUGUGAGAUUGUCGCCUCUCUCUCAUGUGGAAAGGACUUUCGUCAUAGUUCUAGCCUUACUACCCAUCAAAGGAACCAUAUACGAGAGAGACCGUAUCAAUGCUUGGAGUGCGGAAAGAGUUUCGCUCACAAGUGGGUUCUCACUAAUCAUCAAAGAAUGCACACAGGGGAGAAACCAUAUAAAUGCCUGGAGUGUGGAAAGAGCUUCACCCGAAAGGUGAAUCUCACUCCUCAUCAAAGAAUUCACACAGGGGAGAAACCAUAUAAAUGCUUGGAAUGCGGAAAGACCUUUAGACAGAAGAGGUAUCUGACUUCUCAUCAAAGCAGCCACACAGAGGAGAAACCAUUUCAGUGCUUGCAGUGUGGAAAGACCUUCAGACAUAAUGUGACUCUUACUAACCAUCAAAAAUUUCACACAGGGGAGACACCGUAUCAAUGCCUGGAGUGUGGAAAGAGCUUCAUUAGUAUUUCUCACCUUACUUCCCAUCAAACACUUCACACUGGGGAGAAACCAUAUCAGUGCUUGGAGUGUGGAAAGAGUUUCACUCAGAAGAGUCAUCUCACUUCUCACCAAACUAUUCACACAGGGGAGAAACCAUAUAAAUGCUCUGAGUGUGGAAAGUGCUUCCGUCUGAACAGGUAUCUCACUUCUCAUCAAAGAAUUCACACAGGAGAGAAACCAUAUCAGUGUUUGGAUUGUGGAAAGAACUUCAGUGACAAGAAAACUUUAACUUCCCACCAAAAACUUCAUAUAGGGGAGAAACCAUGUCAGUGAGUGAAUGUGGAGUGGAAUGAGCUUUACUCGGAAGAUACAUCUCAUCAAAGAACACACUCAGUGGAAGCCAUAGACAUUGUACAAUAUGUAAUGAGGACUCACUUAUGAGAUGCACUGUGGAACUAAAUGCCAGGCAAGGAGUCCUAUUGAUGUGCUGAGCUAAGAUAACAAAGAAAUUUAACUGAUUUAAAAUUUUGUUUUCUGUUUAAAAAUACAUAGAAAUUAUAGUCUGUAAGUAACUGAUUGGUGGUACUGAAUGUGGAAUACUUGGGCACUGUGUCAUAGUUCCUGCAAGACUCCCGCUAUCUCACUGCCCCACCUCACCCUGCCUUGCUUGAGCAGAUAGUUCAGCUUCUGUGUGGGAGCACUCGGCUCCCAUUGUUGGCUGGAGGUAGUCAUCUUGUAUGGCCAAGUUUGCUGAUGAUAUUAAAUUGUUCAAGGUUGUUAAAACAAAAAGGGAUUGCGAAGAGCUCCUAAAGGACCUCUCCAAACUAAGUGAAUGAGUGGUAAAAUGGCAAAUGAAAUUCAAUGUACACAAGUUUAAAGUUACG